AUGGGUGCCAAUAAAACGAAAUUAAAUAAAACCAUACUCAAUCAAUUAGUAUAUCGUACAAAUCGUUCACGGGCAGAAAUAAAAGCUAUGUAUGCAAUUUUUCGUCGACAUUUUCCUAGUGGAAAAAUUGAAUCACCUCAAGAUCUUUGUCGAUGUCUUCAAAAAUUUUCACUUGUGCCAAUUGGAUAUACUGAUCGAAGUGCUUUUGAACGACUUUAUCGAUUAUUCGAAGCACAAAUUCGAAAUCCUAAACAUGAUGUUGGCAUUGAUUUUUUUACUUUUAUGAUUGUUUCUCAUAUUCUCGAACGUGGUACAGCAGCGCAAAAAAUAAUUUUAUAUUUUCAAUCUUUUGAUGUAAAUAAUGAUGAAAUUAUAACACGAGACGAUCUAGAAGUAUGUUUACCACCAACAGUUGAAUCCCGACAAUUAAUUCAGCAGUUACUCAGACAAUGGGAUAUGAAUAGAGAUGGUGUGGUUACUCUAGAAGAUUUUCAACAAUAUAUUAUGACUAAUCCAGAUAUAUUACCGAUGUUUGCGGAUCCUAAUGAAAGAGUUCGAAUGAAUAGUGUUACUAUUGAAUCGUCAACCGACAAUAAUCGGUCUGCAGAUAUUUAUAAUAUUAAUCGUGGAACUUUUGCAAAAUCUCAAUAA